AUGCCACACUCGACGACUGGGGGCCGCCAUGCCCCCCGCCACCUCAGCUCGAGGGCCCCCCCCUCGCCGCGCUCUCGCGGGGCGACGGGGCCGCAGGACUUGGCCGCUGGCUUGGCCGCGGGCCGAGCGGCAGGGGAGUCCUCGGACGACGGGCCGCUGGUGCCGCCCGGCGCGUGGCAGGCGGACCCCUUUGCGGGCGAGGACGCCGCGGACGUCGGCGGCCUGGCGGCGCGCGAGCUCGAGGCGGCGGGCCUGGCCGGGCCCGCGCCGAAGCGCCGCAGGAGCGCGAGCCCCGAGUGA